AAGGAGAAGGUGGCUUGAGCAUCACAUCACAUCCGCAGAGCCACAGAGAAGAGGAAGGGAGGGAAGGAAGGAACCCAGGCUGCGAUGAUGAAGCAGACUUUAGCAGACGACACUGAAGAUGUGUCUCUUGACUUCGGAAACGAAGAGGAGUUGGCCUUAAGGAAAGCAAAAAUCAGGCACCCUCUGGCCACCUUCUUCCACCUCUUUUUCCGAGUGAGUGCCAUCGUGACCUACCUAGUCUGCGACUGGUUCAGCAAAAGUUUCAUUGCCUGUUUCGUCCUCAUUCUCCUCCUCCUGUCCUUCGACUUCUGGUCUGUGAAGAACGUCACUGGAAGGCUGCUGGUCGGUUUGCGAUGGUGGAACCAGAUCGAUGAGGACGGGAAGAGCCACUGGGUGUACGAAGCGAAAAAGGUCCCGUCAACCGUAGCUGCCCCCACCGAAGUUGAAGCCCGGAUAUUCUGGCUGGGCCUGAUUAUCUGCCCGGUCAUCUGGACGCUUUUCUUCUUUAGCACCUUGUUUUCCUUGAAGCUGAAAUGGCUGGCUCUUGUGAUAGCUGGCAUCUGCCUCCAAGCUGCCAAUCUCUACGGCUACAUCCACUGCAAAUUAGGAGGUUCGCAAACCACCCACAAGGUCACCUCGAGAUUCCCGGCACAACAGAUGUUCCAGAGGGAAAUGCCGGAGGAUUUUCAGAAGACCGUCCUGAAGGGCAUGGGGACACGAAACCAUUAGAGCAGAAAGAAGUGGGGAAAACUGAUUACCGAUCCUUCACAGAGAAAGACUGGCAGUCAAGAGAACCUGCGGUCUAAAUAUGGAUCAUCCCCAACAACUUUAUUCAUCGACAAUUACUGAAAACAAAACUAAGGAGGCUGAAACAGAACAGAGAAAUGAUUGUGAGAAACUCUCCUUAAAGAGAGAGGUGUACGUUUUUAAAUAAAAGAACUUU